UAUAAAUACUCAGUUCAUAAUCCAAUACUGUAUUAUGCAAAACUUGAUUAAUAACAUUUGGUAAAGUAAACAAACAAAAAAUGGUUUUAGAACCAAACUUCGUUCUCUCAUGGGUCUUCUUAUGCAUAGCUGCAACAGUCUCCAGCACACUUUUCUUCUUCCGCAAGAAACAUCACCGGUUCAUAUCAAAGAAGAUUCAGAAGACGAAGAAGCUUCCUCCUGGAGAAAUGGGGCUUCCAUGGAUUGGCGAAACAAUGGAGUUCUACAAAGCUCAAAAAAGCAACAGAGUGUUUGAGGAUUUCGUAAAUCCAAGGAUCAUCAAACAUGGGAACAUCCUCAAGACAAAAAUCAUGGGAUCACCAACAAUAGUAGUCAAUGGAGCUGAAGCAAAUAGGCUGAUAUUGUCCAAUGAGUUUAGCUUGGUGGUGAGCUCAUGGCCUUCAUCCUCUGUUCAGCUAAUGGGAAUGAACUGCAUCAUGGCUAAGCAAGGCGAGAAGCAUCGUGUCCUUAGAGGGAUUGUAGCUAAUAGCCUUAGCUACAACGGGUUAGAGUCCAUAGUACCUAAGCUCUGUGACACCGUUAAGUUUUAUCUUGAAACUGAAUGGCGAGGCAAGAAAGAGAUUAGCCUCUACCGUUCUGCAAAAGCACUUACGUUCACUGUAGUCUUUGAGUGUUUGUAUGGGAUUAAAGUGGAGCUUGGGAUGUUAGAGAUCUUUGAGAAGGUCUUAGACGGAGUGUUCGCUAUGCCGGUUGAGUUUCCUUAUUCUAAGUUUGCUAGAGCGAAGAAGGCAAGGCUAGAGAUAGAGACAUUUCUUGUUGCCAAGGUUAGAGACAAGAGAAGAGAAAUGGAAGAAGAAGCAGAGAAGCCAAACACAACAACGCUUUUCUCAAGGCUAAUAGAAGAGUUGAUCAAAGGCCUGAUAACCGAAGAAGAGGUUGUAGAUAAUAUGGUUUUGUUAGUAUUUGCAGCUCAUGACACAACCUCUUACGCCAUGGCCAUGACUUUCAAGAUGUUAGCUCAGCACCCAACUUGCCGUGACACUCUCCUUCAAGAACAUGUUCGGAUAAAAGCAAACAAAGGGGAAGGAGAACAUCUUACAGUGGACGAUGUGAAAAGGAUGAAGUAUAGUUGGCAAGUUGUUCGUGAAACAAUGAGAUUAUCUCCUCCAAUCUUCGGUUCCUUUAGGAAAGCAGUUGCUGAUAUUGACUAUGGAGGAUUCACAAUCCCCAAAGGCUGGAAGAUACUAUGGACAACUUAUGGAACUCAUUACAAUCCUGAAAUAUUUCAAGAUCCAAUGAGUUUUGAUCCAACAAGAUUUGAUAAGCCAAUACAAGCGUAUACAUAUCUUCCAUUUGGAGGUGGACCAAGGCUUUGUGCAGGUCACCAACUAGCAAAAAUCAGCAUUCUCGUUUUCUUGCAUUUCGUCAUGACCAAUUACGAUUGGUCCUUAGUUUACCCAGAUGAGACAAUCAGCAUGGAUCCUCUCCCAUUUCCGACCCUUGGAAUGCCAAUCAAAAUCUCUUCCAAGGAGUCAUAGAAUAGACAUGAGUAUGUAUGUUAUACCCUGUGUAUGUAUGCAAUCUUCAAAGUCCACCACAAGUGCUAGACUUGUAUUGACUCUUUUUAUUUCAGUGUAACUAGCACAAGUACCAUAUGUGUAUGUAUAAAUGCUUUUGCUAAGCGAGAAUCCUUCUUACGAAUUUUAUGGAUCCUUAACGCACUGCAUCAUAUCAGAUAGCAAAUAAUGAUGUACAGGCUUUAAACCUCUUCUCAACCAACGGUUCAACAAGAUCAUCUCUAAGUUCCACUACAUAUCUGAUCCAAUCUGCUUGUCCACACGAAAAUUUGUUUCUAAAGUUGCUCAAGUCUUGUUUUCACAUUGAACCAACCAGUCAAAAACAAAAAGUGUGAAUGUUUCUUCCUUUAUUCCAUCAGCCAUUCCUUUUCAUCUCUCAACUACUCUUCAAAGUUUUCAUCAUAAGAUUUUCUUUUUCUCUUCUUUAUCUUCUUUGU